AACUGAUGACGUCAAACGCCGUGUGUUCACCCACGUGUGCUGCAGCUCUCCAGGUGUCGGCGCUGGAGUCGAGGGCGGCUGUCCUGGGGGCGUAGUCGGUGGUUGCUCGGGCACUGGGGCCCCGGCGGCUUGGGGACGCUGGCCGUGAAGCAGGGAGCGCAGGUGGCCGCUCGGUUGAGGGCCCUGGGUCAUGGAGCACUUCUUGAUGGAGGUGGCGGCCGCGCCGCUGCGGCUAAUCGCAGGCAAGAAUGAGAAGAGCCGCAGUGAACUGGGCAGGUUCCUGGCCAAGCAGGUGUGGACACCUCAAGAUCGCCAGUGUGUCCUGAGUACCUUAGCACAGUUGCUUUUGGAUAAGGACUGUACUGUGCUGGUUGGUCGCCAGCUUCGCCCCCUCCUUUUGGAUUUGCUGGAGAGGAAUGCGGAAGCCAUCAAAGCUGGAGGCCAAGUCAACCACGAUCUGCAUGAGCGGCUCUGUGUGUCGAUGAGCAAACUCAUUGGUAACCAUCCUGAUGUCCUCCUGUUUGCCCUGAGGUAUUUCAAGGACACAUUCCCAGUCUUUCAAAGACUCUUCCUAGAGAGUUCAGAUGCUAAUCCAGUCCGCUAUGGACGUAGGAGGAUGAAGCUCCGGGACCUAAUGGAAGCAGCCUACAAGUUUCUGCAGCAGGAGCAGUCUGUGUUCCGGGAGCUCUGGGACUGGAGUGUGUGUGUCCCUCUCCUCAGAAGCCAUGACACCUUGGUUCGCUGGUAUACAGCCAAUUGUCUUGCUUUGGUCACCUGUAUGAAUGAAGAGCAGAAGUUAUCAUUCCUUAAGAAGAUGUUUAAUAGUGAUGAAUUGAUCCAUUUCAGGUUGAGGUUGUUAGAAGAGGCCCAGUUGCAGGACUUAGAGAAGGCUUUGGUUUUGGCCAAUCCAGAAGCCUCCCUUUGGCGUAAGGAGAAGGAGCUGCAGUACUUACAGGGACACCUUGUUUCGUCUGACCUCUCCCCUAGGGUGACAGCUGUCUGUGGUGUGGUGCUGCCCGGGCAGCCACCAGCCUCUGGAGAGCCGAUCGGUAAUAGGAGUUCUUCACGUGAACAGGAGCUGGCACUUAGGUCUUAUGUGCUGGUUGAGUCUGUCUGCAAAAACCUUCAGACCCUGGCUAUGGCGGUUGCUUCUCAGAAUGCUGUGUUGUUGGAAGGACCAAUAGGAUGUGGCAAAACUUCCUUAGUUGAAUAUUUAGCUGCAAUAACAGGUAGAAGGAAGCCUCCUCAGCUUCUCAAAGUCCAGCUUGGAGAUCAGACUGACAGUAAGAUGCUUUUGGGGAUGUAUCGCUGCACAGAUGUUCCUGGAGAGUUUGUGUGGCAGCCUGGCACCCUGACACAGGCAGCCACAAUGGGCCACUGGAUCCUUCUGGAGGACAUUGACUAUGCCCCCUUAGACGUGGUUUCUGUGCUGAUCCCUCUUUUGGAGAAUGGAGAGCUUUUGAUUCCGGGCAGAGGUGACUAUCUGAAAGUGGCGUCUGGAUUUCAGUUUUUUGCAACCAGGAGACUCUUGAGCUGUGGAGGAAAUUGGUAUAGACCGCUAAAUAGUCAUGCUACUUUGCUAGACAAAUAUUGGACCAAAAUUCACCUGAAUAAUCUGGAUAAGAGAGAACUGAAUGAGGUUCUUCAGAGCAGAUAUCCUGGCCUAUUGGCAGUGACUGAUCACCUGCUUGACAUUUAUAUCCAACUUACUGGAGAGAAACAUCACUCUUGGAGUGAUAGUUCUGUUGAGUGUGAACAGGCACCUGAUGAAGUUUCAGAAGCCAGCAGAGAAAACAAAAGACCAAUCCUUGAGGGAAGAGAAUUAUCUCUAAGGGAUCUGCUGAAUUGGUGUAAUAGGAUUGCCCAUAGCUUUGACAGUUCAUCUUCAUCAGCAUCAUUAAAUAUUUUUCAAGAGGCUCUGGACUGUUUCACAGCAAUGCUUUCUGAGCAUACAAGCAAACUGAAAAUGGCAGAAGUUAUUGGAAGCAAAUUGAACAUUUCUAGAAAAAAGGCUGAAUUCUUUUGUCAACGUUAUAAACCAGAAAUUGUGAUCAAUGAGCUAGAUUUACAAGUUGGUCGAGUGCGGCUUCUCCGGAAACAAAGUGAGGCUGUUCACAUACAGCGGGAGAAGUUCACUUUUGCUGCUACACGGCCGUCCUCUGUUCUCAUCGAACAGCUUGCAGUGUGUGUCAGCAAAGGGGAGCCUGUGUUGCUAGUGGGAGAGACUGGGACCGGCAAAACCUCUACUGUCCAAUACUUGGCUCACAUUACAGGCCACCGUUUGAGGGUUGUCAAUAUGAAUCAACAAAGUGAUACUGCAGACUUGCUUGGAGGUUAUAAACCGGUGGACCAUAAGCUUAUUUGGCUACCCUUACGGGAGGCAUUUGAGGAGCUCUUUGCCCAGACAUUUUCCAAGAAACAAAACUUUACGUUCUUGGGGCACAUUCAGACCUGUUACAGACAGAAACGGUGGCAUGAUCUCCUGAGACUAAUGCAGCAUGUACACAAGUCUGCUGUUAACAAGGAUGGAAAAGAGAGUGAAAGUGGGUUACUCAUAAAAGAGAAAUGGGAAGCAUUUGGUCUCAGACUCAACCAUGCCCAACAACAGAUGAAAAUGACUGAAAAUACCUUAUUGUUUGCAUUUGUAGAGGGUACAUUAGCUCAGGCUGUAAAGAAAGGAGAGUGGAUCUUGUUGGAUGAGAUUAACUUGGCUGCUCCAGAAAUACUAGAAUGUCUGAGUGGUUUGCUUGAAGGAUCCUCUGGAUCCCUAGUGUUGCUGGAUCGAGGAGACACAGAGCCACUGGUUCGGCAUCCUGACUUCCGUUUAUUUGCCUGCAUGAAUCCAGCGACUGAUGUAGGCAAAAGAAAUCUCCCACCAGGAAUAAGAAACAGAUUCACAGAACUUUAUGUAGAAGAAUUGGAAAGCAAAGAAGACUUACAGGUUCUUAUUGUAGAUUAUCUGAAAGGAUUGAGUGUGAACAAGAAUACAGUGCAAGGAAUCAUAAACUUCUACACAGCUUUGCGGAAAGAGUCUGGGACCAAAUUGGUGGAUGGCACUGGCCAUAGACCUCACUACAGCCUUCGGACUCUGUGCCGGGCCCUGCGAUUUGCAGCCUCCAAUCCAUGUGGCAACAUUCAGCGCUCACUCUAUGAGGGUUUUUGUUUGGGUUUCUUAACACAGCUUGACAGGGCAUCACACCCAAUAGUUCAGAAGCUCAUCUGUCAACAUAUUGUCCCUGGCAAUGUCAAGAGUCUGCUAAAGCAGCCUAUUCCUGAGCCAAAAGGAGGCCGGCUUAUCCAGGUUGAAGGCUACUGGAUUUCAGUGGGAGACAAGGAGCCUACAAUAGAUGAGACGUACAUUCUGACAUCUUCUGUGAAGCUGAACCUGAGAGAUAUUGUCCGAGUUGUCUCUGCAGGAACCUAUCCAGUGCUAAUCCAGGGAGAGACAUCAGUUGGUAAAACAAGCCUCAUCCAGUGGCUGGCUGCAGCUACUGGCAACCACUGUGUGCGUAUUAACAAUCAUGAACACACGGACAUUCAGGAGUACAUUGGUUGUUACACAUCUGACUCCUCAGGGAAGCUUGUCUUUAAAGAAGGUGUUCUUAUUGAUGCCAUGAGAAAAGGCUAUUGGAUUAUUUUAGAUGAAUUAAAUUUGGCUCCUACCGAUGUGUUAGAGGCACUGAAUAGGCUGUUGGAUGAUAACCGUGAAUUGCUUGUAACAGAAACACAGGAAGUUGUUAAAGCACACCCUCGGUUUAUGCUUUUUGCCACCCAAAAUCCCCCAGGACUUUAUGGAGGCAGAAAGGUGCUUUCUAGAGCCUUCAGGAAUCGGUUUGUAGAAUUGCACUUUGAUGAGUUACCUAGCUCUGAGUUGGAAACAAUCUUGCACAAGCGCUGUAGUUUGCCACCCUCCUAUUGCAGCAAGUUGGUUAAAGUCAUGCUGGAUCUUCAGUCCUAUCGCAGAAGUUCGUCAGUGUUUGCUGGAAAGCAGGGCUUCAUCACCCUUCGUGAUCUGUUCCGAUGGGCUGAGAGAUACAGAUUGGCUGAGCAGACCGAGAAGGAGUAUGACUGGCUGCAGUACUUAGCCAAUGAUGGUUAUAUGCUUCUGGCAGGUCGAGUCAGGAAGCAGGAGGAAGUUGAUGUGAUUCAAGAAGUCCUGGAGAAACAUUUCAAGAAAAAAUUGUGUCCUCAAUCUCUUUUCUCCAAGGAAAAUGUUCUAAAAUUGCUGGGUACGUUAUCUACUCAGUUGUCCACAUUGGAGUCUAACUUUGGCCACAUCGUGUGGACUGAGGGCAUGCGGAGACUUGCGAUGCUGGUGGGAAGGGCAUUGGAAUUUGGUGAGCCGGUGCUGCUGGUUGGAGACACUGGGUGUGGGAAAACUACUAUCUGUGAGGUGUUUGCAGCCUUGACAAAUCAGAAAUUAUACUCUGUCAGCUGCCACUUACACAUGGAGACAUCAGACUUCCUCGGUGGCCUGCGGCCAGUGAGACAGAAGCCAGAUGACAAGGAAGAAAUUGACACAUCAAGACUCUUUGAGUGGCACGAUGGGCCUCUGGUUCAGGCCAUGAAGGAGGAUGGCUUUUUCCUCUUGGAUGAGAUCUCACUGGCUGAUGACUCUGUCUUGGAAAGACUCAACAGUGUCCUUGAAGUAGAAAAGUCUCUGGUAUUAGCUGAAAAAGGCAGUCCAGAGGACAGGAAUAAUGGAGUAGAGCUGUUGACUGCCGGGAAAAAAUUUCGUAUCCUAGCAACCAUGAACCCAGGGGGUGACUUCGGAAAAAAGGAGCUGUCUCCUGCCUUAAGAAACCGGUUUACGGAAAUAUGGUGCCCUCAAAGCACAAGGCGUGAAGAUUUAAUUCAAAUAAUCAAUCGUAAUCUUCGUCCAGGAUUGUGUCUGGGCAGAAUAGAUCCUAAAGGGUCCGACAUAGCUGAAGUGAUGCUGGAUUUCAUUGACUGGCUGACCCACCAAGAGUUUGGCCGAAAGUGUGUGGUCAGUAUCAGAGAUAUCCUGUCCUGGGUCAACUUCAUGAACAAAAUGGGGGAGGAAGCUGCUUCGAAAAGGCCUGAGAGCAUCUCCACUGUGACAUCUUUUGUCCAUGCUGCAUGCCUGGUGUACAUAGAUGGAAUAGGUUCAGGGGUAACUUCGUCUGGUUUUGGUACAGCCCUCUUGGCACGAAAAGAGUGUCUGAAAUUUCUAAUCAAGAGGCUUGCCAAGAUAGUACGACUUACAGAAUAUCAGAAAAAUGAAUUGAAGAUUUAUGACAGAAUGAAGGCCAAAGAAUUUACUGGGAUAGAUAACCUUUGGGGAAUUCAUCCAUUUUUUAUACCAAGGGGACCUGUUCUACACAGGAAUAAUAUUGCAGACUAUGCACUCAGUGCAGGGACCACGGCUAUGAAUGCACAGAGGCUCCUAAGAGCAACAAAACUGAAGAAACCCAUUCUCCUGGAGGGUUCCCCUGGUGUUGGCAAGACAAGUUUGGUGGGAGCAUUAGCAAAGGCUUCAGGAAAUACCCUUGUUAGGAUCAACUUGUCAGAGCAAACGGACAUCACAGACCUGUUUGGAGCAGAUCUACCUGUUGAAGGUGGCAAGGGAGGAGAGUUUGCCUGGCGUGAUGGCCCCUUACUGGCAGCUUUGAAGGCAGGCCAUUGGGUGGUGUUGGAUGAGCUUAACCUGGCUUCUCAGUCUGUAUUGGAAGGACUCAAUGCUUGUUUUGACCACCGAGGAGAAAUCUAUGUGCCUGAGUUAGGAAUGAGCUUUCAAGUUCAGCAUGAGAAGACCAAGAUUUUUGGGUGUCAAAAUCCCUUUAGACAAGGAGGUGGGAGGAAAGGCUUGCCCAGGUCUUUCCUUAACAGAUUCACUCAGGUCUUUGUUGAUCCCCUUACAGUAAUUGACAUGGAGUUCAUUGCCAGUACUUUGUUUCCAGCCAUUGAGAAAAAUAUUGUUAAGAAAAUGGUUGCCUUCAAUAACCAAAUUGAUCAUGAAGUGACUGUUGAGAAGAAAUGGGGGCAAAAAGGAGGACCCUGGGAAUUCAACCUCCGAGACCUUUUCCGCUGGUGUCAGUUGAUGCUGGUUGACCAGUCCCCUGGGUGUUAUGAUCCUGGUCAGCAUGUGUUUUUGGUCUAUGGUGAAAGAAUGAGAACUGAGGGAGAUAAAGAAAAGGUCAUUGCUGUAUUCAAGGAUGUGUUUGGUUCAAAUUCCAACCCAUACAUGGGAACCAGACUAUUUCGUAUCACUCCCUAUGAUGUUCAGUUGGGCUACUCGGUCCUUUCCCGUGGCAGCUGUGUUCCUCACCCAUCCCGCCGUCCUCUGUUGCUCCUGCAUCAGUCGUUCCAGUCCCUGGAGUCAAUCAUGAAGUGUGUGCAGAUGAGCUGGAUGGUCAUCCUGGUCGGCCCAGCCUCUGUGGGCAAGACCAGCCUGGUCCAGCUUCUGGCACACCUUACUGGCCACACAUUAAAGAUCAUGGCUAUGAACAGUGCAAUGGAUACUACUGAGCUGCUUGGUGGAUUUGAGCAGGUUGAUCUUAUACGACCUUGGAGGCAGCUGCUGGAGAAGGUAGAGGGUGCUGUAAGGGCACUGUUGCGGGACAGCCUCCUUAUCAGUGCUGACGAUGCAGAAGUCGUGCUGCGAGCCUGGAGUCACUUCCUUCUGACUUAUAAGCCUAAGUGUCUUGGAGAAGGCGGUAAAACUAUCACGCUGGAGAUUGUCAACAAACUGGAAGCAGUGUUAUUGCUUAUGCAGCGACUCAACAAUAAAAUCAACUCAUACUCCAAGGCAGAGUUUGCCAAACUUGUUGAAGAGUUCCGAAGCUUUGGUGUGAAGCUUACGCAGUCGGCCAGCGGCUGUAGCCAUGGCACGUUCGAAUGGGUUGACAGCAUGUUGGUUCAGGCCCUGAAGUCCGGAGACUGGCUUCUGAUGGAUAAUGUUAACUUCUGCAACCCAUCAGUAUUGGAUCGUUUGAAUGCUUUGCUUGAACCUGGAGGUGUCCUCACUGUUAGUGAGAGAGGAAUGAUAGAUGGAUCCACUCCCACGAUAACACCAAAUCCCAAUUUCAGACUUUUUCUCUCAAUGGAUCCUGUUCAUGGAGAUAUAUCCCGAGCUAUGAGGAAUCGUGGACUGGAAAUCUACAUUUCAGGAGAAGGGGAUGUGAGCACCCCAGACAACCUGGAUUUGAAAGUUCUGCUACACAGCCUUGGAUUGGUGGGGAACAGUGUAUGUGACAUCCUCUUGGCUCUACACACAGAGACCCGGAGCACUGUUGUAGGUUCUCCAACAUCUUCUGUAUCAGCUCUAAUCCAGACAGCCAUACUAAUUGUCCAGUACCUGCAGCGAGGGCUGAGUUUAGACAGAGCCUUUUCUGAAGCAUGCUGGGAAGUAUAUGUCUGUUCCCAGCAUUCACCAGCAAACCGGAAGCUUGUACAGGUUUUACUGGAGAAACAUGUUUCUUCUCUUCGAGCACAUGAAACCUGGGGAGACUCCAUUCUUGCCAUGGGACUGUGGCCAGAUUCUGUGCCCUCAGCUCUCUUUGCUACUGAAGAUUCUCACCUGUCUACAGUCCGAAGUGAUGGACAGAUCUUAGCAUAUUGUCUCAACAGGAUGAGCAUGAAAACCAGCAGCUGGGCAAGGAGUCAGCCUCUUACCUUGCAAGACUUAAAGAAAAUUAUGCAGUCCUCCAACCCUGAGAACCUGAAAUUCAAUGCAGUUGAAGUAGAUACUUACUGGAUCGAUGAACCAGAUGUUUUGGCCAUGGCUGUUAAAUUGCUCAUAGAAAGAGCAACCAAUCAGGAUUGGAUGCUCAGAGUUAAAUGGCUUUAUCAUUUAGCCAAGAAUAUACCACAGGGGCUUGAGUCCAUACAGAUUCAUUUGGAAGCCAGUGCUGCAUCUCUCAGGAAUUUUUACUCACAUUCCCUCUCAGCUGCAGUCAGUAAUGUUUUCAAAAUAUUACAACCAAAUACGUCAGAGGAAUUUGUGAUCCCUCUGGAUCCCCGGUGGAAUAUGCAGGCUCUAGACCUGAUUAGAAAUUCGAUGGACUUUGACCCAAAAACAGACCAGCCUGACCAGCUCUUUGCCCUUUUAGAAUCAGCUGCAAACAAGACAAUCAUAUAUCUUAACCGGGAAAAACGGGUUUUUACUGAAGCAAAAUUGGUUUCUGUUGGUAGCAAAAAGCUAAGAGAUAGUGUUUUGAGAAUGUCCUUUGAAUUCCAUCAAGAUCCAGAGAGCUAUCACACUCUGCCCCAUGAAAUUGUGGUCAAUCUUGCUGCUUUUUUUGAACUUUGUGAUGCACUAAUCCUGCUCUGGGUACAGUCCUCCCAGGGAGUGGUGUCUGAUGCCAGUGUCAAUGAAAUCUUAGGUUCUCUGCAGUGGCGGGACCGGUUUUGGACUGUAGCCGACACAGUUAAAGUAGAUGCCCCAGGUCUGGCGCUUCUUGCCCUCCAUUGGCACUGGGUUUUAAAACAUCUGGUCCACCAGAUCCCCCAACUUCUGAUGAAUCACGAAGACAAAUAUUACAAAGAAGUUCAGACUGUCUCAGAACAUAUUCAGAAGUGUCUAGGGAGCCAGACCGGCAGCUUUGCUGGUGUAAAGAAGUUGCAGAAGUUCCUGGGACGACCGUUUCCUUUUAAGGACAAGCUGGUGGUGGAGUGUUUUUCACAACUGAAGGUGCUUAACAAAGUCCUUGCCGUCAGGGAGCAGAUGCCUGCCCUUGGGGAGAGUGGAUGGCAGGAAGACAUUAAUCGUCUCCAAGUGGUUGCUUCUGAAUGGACAUUGAAGAAAAGUCUCCUACAAGCCUGGGGAUUGAUACUUAGAGCUAAUAUUUUGGAAGAUGUCAACCCUGAUGAACUGAGGAAUUUUGUGCAUGCUCAGUGUUUAGAACUGAAAGCCAAAGGACUCUCACUUGGUUUUCUGGAGAAAAAGCAUGGUGAAGCUUCCUCCCUGUCCCAUCCACGCUUUACCUCCCUGAUCCAGCUCACCAGGAUUGUUCAGUUGUGGCCUGCAAUGGAGUACCUGGCUAUGCUUUGGCAGUACAAAGUGACAGCUAAUUUUAUGGCACAGGCUUAUCUUAGAAGAUGCAGCAAAAAUCAACAACCCCAGAUAAAUGAGGAGAUACGUCAUCUCAUCUCAUUUUGUCUUUAUCACACACCAGUUGCUCCUCAAGAGCUUCGAGAUCUGUGGUCCUUGCUGCAUCAUCAGAAGGUGUCUCCUGAAGAAAUUACUUCUUUGUGGUCCGAGUUAUUUAAUUCCAUGUUUAUGGCUUUCUGGAGCAGUACAGUGACCACACAUCCAGAGUACUGGCUAAUGUGGAACCAUUGGCCUGCCAUGCAGGAGAGGGAGGCACCCAAGUCCCUUUUGGGCUCCACAUUGAAGGGCCCUGGCAAUCUCAAUAGACCCAUAUUCUCUAAGUGCUGCUUUGAAGUCUUAACCAGCAGCUGCAGAGCAAGUCCCUGGGAUGUGAGUGGCCUCCCCAUCCUGUCCUCCUCUCACGUGACCCUAGGAGAGUGGGUUGAGAGAACCCAGCAGCUCCAGGACCUCAGUUUGAUGCUUUGGACCAACAUGGCUAUCUCUUCAGUAGCAGAAUUCAGACGCACGGAUUCCCAACUGCAGGGGCUGGUGCUAUUCCGGCACCUGGCAGGCCUAGCAGAGCUGCUCCCAGAGCCCCGGCGGCAGGAGUACAUGCAGAACUGUGAGCAGCUGCUGCUUGGGAGCAGCCAGGCCUUCCAGCAUGUGGGCCAGACUCUUGGUGACAUGGCUGGUCAGGAGGUGCUGCCCAAGGAACUGCUCUGCCAGUUGCUCACCUCCCUGCACCACUUUUUUGGUGAAGGGGUGAGUAAGAAGAGCCUGCCUGAGCCAGCCCAGCGUGGGAGCCUCUGGGUGAGCCUUGGCUUGCUGCAGAUUCAGACAUGGCUUCCCCAGGCACGCUUUGACCCUGCGGUGAAGAGGGAGUACAAGCUCAAUUACGCCAAAGAAGAGUUACACCAACUGCAGUGUGAAUGGAAGACACGGAACCUGUCAUCCCAGCUGCAGACUGGACGAGACCUGGAAGAUGAAGCCAUUGUCAGUUACUCUCAUCCUCAUGUCAGGCUGCUUCGCCAAAGGAUGGAUCGGCUGGAGAAUUUAACCUGUCGCCUGUUGAAGAAGCAGGCAUUCAGACCCCAGGUGCCUGGCUAUGAGUCCCUGGUGCAAGAGAUCCACCACUACGUCACCAGCAUAGCCAAGGCCCCUGCCAUUCAGGAUCUGCUCACACGGCUCCUGCAGGCCCUCCGCAUGGAUGGGCCACGGUCUGCCCAAGUAGCCCAGAGCCUUCUAAAGGAGGAGGCCUCUUGGCAGCAGUCACACCACCAGUUCCGGAAGCGGCUGGCAGAGGAGUACGCCUUGUAUCCAGAUGCCGUGGCCCCACUGCAGGCAUCCAUAUUGCAGUUACAACAUGGCAUGAGGCUGGUGGCCUCCGAGCUCCAUGCCUCCCUCCACAGCAGUAUGGUUGGUGCAGACAGGCUGGGGGUCCUGGCCACAGCCUUGCUGGCUUUCCCAUCAGUGGGUCCCACCUUCCCCACUUACUAUGCUCACGCAGACACUUUAUGCUCACUGAAGUCCGAGGAGGUUCUACGAGGCCUCAGGAAACUAAUCCUCAAGCACUCAGGAGGAAAGGAGCUGGAAGGCAGGGGCCAGAGAGCCUGUCCCACUCGGGAGCAGCUGCUGAUGAACGCUCUCCUUUACCUGCGCUCCCAUGUGCUAUGCAAGGGAGAGUUGGACCAGAGGGCCCUGCAGCUCUUCAGACAUGUGUGUCAGGAAAUCAUCAAUGAGUGGGAUGAGCAAGAACGCAUAGCCCAAGAGAAGGCUGAGCAGGAAAGCAGCUUAUACAGAUACAGGAGCAGGAACUCUAAGACAGCCCUGAGUGAAGAGGAGGAGGAAGAACAGGAGUUCAGAAAACAGUUCCCCCUGCAUGAACAGGACUUUGCAGAUAUUUUGGUACAGCCAACACUGGAGGAGAACAAAGGAACUUCAGAUGGGCAAGAAGAGGAAGCAGCCACAAACCCAGCUUUCCUCUCCCAGAAUUCAAUGCAGGCAGUAAUGAUGAUACACCAGCAAUUGUGCCUCAACUUCGCUCGAUCCCUCUGGUACCAGCAGACUCUGCCACCACAUGAAGCAAAGCAUUACCUCAGCCUGUUUCUGUCUUGCUAUCAGACUGGGGCAUCGCUUGUGACACACUUCUACCCCCUGAUGGGAGUUGAACUGAAUGACCGACUCUUGGGCAGCCAACUUUUGGCCUCCACCCUCUCCCAUAACACUCUCUUUGGGGAGGCAGCCUCAGACCUGAUGGUGAAACCUGAUGGGCCCUAUGACUUCUACCAACAUCCUAAUGUUCCAGAAGCACGGCAGUGUCAACCUGUGCUUCAGGGUUUCUCAGAGGCUGUCACUCAGUUGCUGCAGGACUGGCCAGAACACCCAGCACUUGAACAGCUGCUGGUUGUUAUGGACAGAAUUUGUAGUUUCCCACUUUCCAGUCCCAUCUCAAAGUUCCUGAAUGGCUUAGAGAUCCUUCUGACAAAGGCACAGGAUUGGGAGGAAAAUGCAAGUCGAGCUUUGUCUUUGCGGAAACAUCUUGAUUUGGUUAGUCAAAUGAUCAUUCGGUGGCGUAAACUGGAGCUAAACUGCUGGUCCAUGAGUUUGGAUAAUACCAUGAAGUGCCACACUGAGAAAUCCACCAAGCACUGGUUCUCCAUCUAUCAGAUGCUUGAGAAACACAUGCAGGAACAAACAGAAGAACAGGAAGAUGACAAACAGAUGACCUUGAUGUUGCUGGUCAGCACAUUACAAGCAUUUAUUGAAGGAUCCUCGCUGGGAGAGUUCCAUGUGCGACUUCAGAUGUUACUGGUUUUCCAUUGUCACGUCUUGCUGAUGCCACAGGUUGAAGGAAAGGAUUCACUUUGCAGUGUUCUAUGGAAUUUGUACCAUUAUUACAAGCAAUUCUUUGACCGGGUCCAGGCCAAAAUUGUGGAACUUCGUUCCCCCCUAGAAAAAGAACUUAAAGUAAGAUUAAAUCUAGCUCUCAUGCAGUUUAAAAUGAUGCCCGUCAUUCUUGGCAGCGAGGCUAACCUGUCCUUUGUCUCACAGGCCACAAUUCCAGAGUGGUGUCAGGGCACUGCUCCUUCCCCCUUGGAAGGGGAACUUCUGCGUCGCUUGCCAAAGCUCAGGAAACGCAUGAUGAAGAUGUGCCUGACCUUCAUGAAGGAGAGUCCCCUGCCUCACCUUGUGGAGGGCCUCGAUCAGUUCAUAGGUGAAGUGAUUUCCUCUGUGAGUGAGCUACAGAGCUUAAAGGUGGAACCCUAUGCAGAGAAGGCGAAGCAGCGGUCAGAAGCCAAGCACAUUCUCAUGCAAAAGCAGCGAGCUUUGUCAGACCUCUUUAAACACCUUGCAAAAAUUGGUCUGUCAUAUCGCAAAGGUCUUGCAUGGGCCCGUUCAAAAAAUCCUCAAGAGAUGCUUCAUCUUCACCCGUUAGAUCUCCGGAGCGCAUUGUCCAUCGUCAGCAACACUCAGGAGGCUGAUUCGAGGCUGCUCACAGAAAUCUCAUCUUCAUGGGAUGGAUGCCAGAAGUAUUUUUAUCGCUCUCUCGCACGGCAUGCCAGGCUUAACACAGCACUAGCAACUCCUGCCAAGGAGAUGGGCAUGGGCAACGCAGAGCGGUGCAGAGGGUUCUCAGCACAUUUGAUGAAGAUGCUUGUCCGACAGCGGCGCUCCCUGACCACGCUUAGUGAGCAGUGGAUCAUCCUCAGGAACCUCCUCAGCUGUGUGCAAGAAAUUAAUAGUAGACUGACGGGACCCCUGGCCUACCCCGUGGCCUUUCCUCCUCAGGAUGGCGUGCAGCAGUGGACUGAGCGCCUGCAGCACCUGGCCAUGCAGUGCCAGAUCCUGCUCGAGCAGCUCUCCUGGCUCCUCCAGUGCUGCCCCAGUGUGGAGCCAGCUCCAGGCCAUGGCAAUGCCCAGGCGUUGGGUCAUCCUCCUGCCCCCUGCCCUAAAGGACCAGAACUUAGCAGCAGACAACUUUGUGGAGUAAUGCAAGACCUAAUUCCCUCCAGUCUGAGCUACCCAUCUCCAGUUCCUGGAAUUCAGCUGCCCUUUGGUUGCCGGAUGCGGAAACAGGAUCAGCUUUGGCAACAGUCAACUAUGAGAUUAACAGAGAUGCUAAAAACCAUUACAACAGUGAAAGCUGACAUUGACAAAAUUAGGCAGCAGUCUUGUGAGACUCUCUUUCAUUCUUGGAAAGAUUUUGAAGUUUGCUCUUCUGCACUGAGUUGCUUGUCCCAGAUGUCAGUUCAUUUGCAGGGCCUAGAGUCCUUGUUCAUUCUUCCAGGGAUGGAGGUUGAGCAAAGAGACUCACAGAUGGCACUAGUUGAAAGUCUGGAAUAUAUAAGAGGAGAAAUUAGUAAAGCCGUGGCUGACUUUACCACCUGGAAGACACAUUUACUUACUUCAGGUAGCCAAGGAGGAAAUCAAAUGUUGGACGAAGGGUUUGUGGAAGAUUUUUUCGAGCAAAUGGAAACUGCCAUCCGAGCCAUCCUCUGUGCCAUUCAGAACUUAGAAGAAAGAAAGAAUGAAAAAGCAGAAGAGAACACUGACCAAGCAAGCCCACAAGAAGAGUGUGCAGGCUUUGAGAGACUGCAGUCAGGACAUCUAACAAAACUCUUAGAGGAUGACUUCUGGGCCGAUGUGAGCACUUUACAUGUGCAGAAAAUAAUUUCUGCCAUCUCUGAGCUGUUGGAGAGGCUGAAAUCGUACGGUGAGGAUGGCAUAGCAGCAAAGCACCUGUUCUUCAGCCAAUCCUGUUCCUUGCUGGUGCGCCUCCUGCCGGUCCUCUCCAGCUACUCAGACCUUGUCCUCUUCUUCCUGACCAUAUCUUUGGCAACUCACCGUAGUACUGCGAAGCUGCUCUCUGUGCUUGCCCAGGUCUUCACGGAGCUUGCCCAGAAGGGAUUUUGCUUGCCCAAAGAAUUUAUGGAAGAUUCAGCUGGAGAGGGUGCAACUCAGUUCCAUGACUAUGAGGGAGGUGGAAUUGGAGAAGGCGAGGGCAUGAAGGAUGUGAGUGACCAGAUAGAAAAUGAAGAACAGGUGGAAGAUACCUUUCAGAAGGGUCAAGAAAAAGACACAGAGGAUCCUGAUUCAAAAUCUGAUAUUAAGGGCGAGGAUAACGCCAUUGAGAUGUCGGAAGACUUUGAUGGGAAAAUGCAUGAUGGGGAGCUUGAAGAACAAGAAGAGGAUGAUGAGAAAUCAGAUAGUGAGGACGGAGACCUGGAUAAGCAGAUGGGUGAUCUCAAUGGUGAGGAAGCUGACAAACUAGAUGAGAGGCUUUGGGGUGAUGACGAUGAGGAGGAAGAUGAGGAGGAAGAAGACAGUAAAACUGAAGAAACAGGACCAGGAAUGGAUGAGGAAGAUUCUGAACUUGUUGCUAAAGAUGACAACUUGGAUAGUGGCAAAUCGAACAAAGAUAAAAGCCAGCAAGAUAAGAAGGAAGAAAAGGAAGAAGCAGAAACUGAUGAUGGUGGACAAGGCGAAGACAAAAUCAAUGAACAAAUAGAUGAGAGGGAAUAUGAUGAAAAUGAGGUGGACCCUUACCAUGGCAAUCAGGAAAAGCUGCCAGAACCUGAGGUCUUGGACCUUCCAGAUGACUUGAACCUUGACAGUGAGGACAAGAAUGUUGGUGAGGACACUGACAAUGAAGAAGGAGAAGAAGAGAAUCCUUUGGAGAUAAAAGAAAACCCAGAAGAAGCAGGUCAGGAAGCUGAGGAAAGAGGAGAGAACAAGACUGACCAGAAUGAAAGUCAGAGUCCACAUGAGCCUGAGGAAGUCCCCAGUGAAGAUGACAAGGCAGAAGAGGAGGAGGAAAUGGACACAGGAGCUGAUGACCAAGAUGGAGAUGCUGCUCAGCAUGCUGAAGAACACUCUGAGGAGCAGCAGCAGUCUCUGGAGGAAAAAGACAGGGAAGUCGACGAGGAAGGUGGAGAGAAUGGCCCUGCUGACCAAGGUUUCCAGCCCCAGAAGCAGGAGGAAGAACAGGAGAACUCUGACAUAGAGGAGCAGGUGCCAGAGGCUUUGGAGAGGAAGGAGCAUGCCUCCUGCGGGCAGACUGGUGUGGAGAACAUGCAGAGCACACAGGCCAUGGAGCUGGCUGGGGCCGCACCUGAGAAGGAACAGGGAAAAGAGGAACACGGAAGUGGAUCUGCAGAUGCAAAUCAGGCAGAAGGCCAUGAAUCGAAUUUCAUUGCCCGGCUGGCCUCCCAGAAGCACACCAGGAAAAACACACAGAGUUUUAAGAGGAAACCUGGGCAGGCCAACAAUGAACGUUCCAUGGGUGAUCACAAUGAGCGUGUGCACAAGAGACUAAGAACUGUGGAUACGGACAGCCAUGCUGAGCAGGGGCCAGCUCAGCAGGCCCAGGCCCAGGUGGAGGAUGCAGAUGCAUUUGAGCACAUUAAACAAGGCAGCGACGCAUAUGAUGUGCAGACCUAUGAUGUGGCCAGCAAAGAACAGCAACAAUCUGUAAAAGACUCUGGCAAAGAUCAGGAAGAGGAGGAGAUAGAGGACACCCUCAUGGACACAGAGGAGCAGGAGGAGCUCAAAGCAGCAGACGUGGAGCAGCUGAAGCCAGAGGAAGUCAAAUCAGGCAGCACAGCACCCUUCAGCUUUGAUGAGAUGGAGGUGGAGAUCCAAACUGUUAAAACAGAGGAAAACCAAGACCCCAGAACAGACGAAUCCCGUAAGGAGACAGAAAAUGAGAAACCAGAAGGAAGCCAAGAGUCAACCAUUCAUACAGCUCAUCAAUUCCUCAUGGACACAAUCUUCCAGCCCUUUUUAAAAGAUGUCAAUGAGCUAAGACAGGAGCUGGAGAGACAGCUGGAAAUGUGGCAGCCACAUGAAUCUGGAAACCCAGAAGAAGAGAAGGUUGCAGCUGAGAUGUGGCAGAGUUACCUGAUGUUAACAGCACCUCUUUCACAACGAUUAUGUGAGGAGCUUCGUCUCAUAUUAGAACCCACCCAGGCAGCCAAGCUGAAAGGAGACUAUCGAACUGGGAAACGACUGAACAUGCGGAAAGUCAUUCCAUACGUUGCUAGUCAAUUUCGGAAAGACAAGAUUUGGCUUCGAAGGACCAAGCCCAGUAAACGCCAGUAUCAGAUUUGUUUGGCUAUUGAUGACUCUUCUAGUAUGGUAGACAACCAUACUAAGCAGCUUGCAUUUGAAUCUUUGGCUGUGAUUGGAAAUGCUCUAACCCUCCUGGAAGUGGGUCAGAUUGCAGUGUGUAGUUUCGGAGAAUCUGUAAAGCUGUUACACCCAUUUCAUGAGCAGUUCAGUGAUUACUCUGGGUCCCAGAUUCUACGUCUCUGCAAAUUCCAACAAAAGAAAACCAAGAUUGCUCAGUUUCUAGAGUCUGUCGCCACCGUGUUUGCAGCUGCUCGGCAGCUCUCACAGAACAUUUGUCCAGAAACUGCACAACUCCUCCUGGUAGUCUCUGAUGGGCGAGGCCUUUUCCUUGAGGGCAAAGAAAGAGUCCUGGCAGCAGUUCAGGCUGCCCGGAAUGCAAACAUCUUUGUCAUCUUUGUUGUAUUGGACAAUCCCAGUUCACGGGAUUCUAUCUUGGACAUUAAAGUACCGAUAUUUAAAGGACCUGGAGAGAUGCCUGAAAUCCGAUCCUACAUGGAAGAGUUCCCAUUCCCAUACUAUAUCAUUCUACGAGAUGUAAACGCACUUCCUGAGACACUCAGCGAUGCCCUCAGACAGUGGUUUGAGUUGGUGACAGCCUCUGAUCACCCAUAGAACAGAACGAAGAGUCCAAAGUGAGACUUAACCAUGGUCAGAAGGUCACAUUCCUUACCCAGGUGCUCCCUUUUGGACAACUACAAAAAAUUUUAUUGUAAUAUAUAUUUUUAUUUUACAACAUGAUCUUACAGCCUAUAGAACGCUCUUUGGCUCCCUGCUUUGUCUGGGCUAAGGUUUUUAUAACAAACCUGGAAGCAGCAGCCGCUGCAGCAUCAGGUGCCUGAACUGGUAACUGGAAGAGAUAGGAGUUCAGGCACCUGCUGCUGCAGUGGGCUUGGAAGCCCUGGCCUGGGAGGAGGUCAUACCCCACCGUUGAAGCCCAGCUGCCUGUUUUCCUUUGCAGGGGACCUGGGCACCUGUGCCUUGAGGAGAUGCUGCCAGGAGCAUGGGAUUCUGAUAGUCCUUUGUAUAAAGGAUUAAGGGGAGCUAGCUGCCCUUUUGACCCUGCUCUAAGCUCUGUCUUGCCAAGCCCACAAUGUGUACCCAAAAGCUGUCAAGUGGCUGAGACAGCUGCAGUUUCUGGAGAGUAUGAGGGUGUGUUUUCUUACUGUGAAAGGAACUACCUACCUUCUUUUAGAGGGUAGGAAGAGUGUGGGGGGUGUGUGUGUGUGUGUGUGUGUUCUCAUAAAGCAACCGGACAUUAUUAGAAGUCCAAGUAAUCCACAAAAACAAUCCUGGGGCUGUGUAAAAACAAAGUGGCUUUUCAGUACCCUCUUUCACAUGUGCUGCUUCGGGAGACUAUGCAAUGAUGGAAAGGUGAUUUCUCCUUUAUUUCAUUCAGUGCCAUGGUCCCUAUUGUUGUAGUAAUUUAUUUGUUUAGUUCAUCUUUUUUUUCUUAAUGGUUAAGGGGAAGAGUCAUUCCUCACACUGCUUUCAAGCUGGACUGAGCCAGUUUCAUUCUGGGAAAGAAACACUAUCCAGAAGAACUCAGCAGCUACAUCUAUUUUUUCCAGUCAAAAAAAACCUGAUUUUUAGGCAGUUUUUACUUGGCCAGAAAGCAGUGCUUGAAUACUUGAAACUGUGUGCUCUGAUCUACUUAAUGUUCUGUCAGAAUGUUCUUUUGUAGGCAGUAUGUCAUGAUGUAAUCAUCUAUCUCCCUGUCUAUUUCCAAGUUACACUGUGAAGUCUGCCACCCUUUUGAGGUGGUCAUCAAAGAUACAAAUUGCUUGUUGUUUAACCAAGUGUCCCAAAGCAUGUACCUGAAGUUAUAUGAUUAUUUUUUAUUCUAAAAAGCUAUGCAGCUUAUAUUCUGAAAACUAUUAAAACAUAUACCACUGUUGAUAUAA